AUGCCCAACGUGAGUGACACUGACAACGAGCCAACAACGAGCUCAAAGCUCUUCUCAUCGCUCUGCUCGAGGCAUAACCAGCUAAGUACUUUUCGCGAUCGUCGUGAUUGGGGUAUUUGCACAACGUAUGCGUUACCUCAGACACUCUGUCCCUUUGUUAAAACUCGACUGUCUUGGGAGUGGUGUGUACUUCUACAAUCACCUCUGGUUGUCGUUCUCAACUACUACUACUUUCCUGGCGCGUACUUCUACAAUCGCUUCUGGUUCUCUACUACUACUACUACUUUCCGUGUUGUCAAGCAUGAUGACUUGACCAUCUUGGGAGUGGCACGUACUUCUAUGAUUUGCCUCUGGUAUUCGUUCUCUUCUAUCACCACUACUUUCUGUGUUGUCAAGCACGAUGACUUGACCUUCUUGGGAGUGGCUCGUACUUCUAUGAUCACACUUUGUGGCAUGUACUUCUAUGAUUUGCCUCUGUACGAUGACUCAACCGUUUUGGGAGUGGCACAUACUUCUAUGAUUCACUUCUGGUGGUCAUUCUCUUCUGUCACUACUAUUUUCCAUGUGUCGAGCAUGAUGACUCAACCGUCCUGGGAGGGGCAAGGACUUCUACAAUCUCUUCUUGUGGUCAUUCUCUACUACUUCUACUUUCUUGAUGUGUACUUCUACAAUCACUUCUGCUGGUUGUUCUCCACUACUACUUUCCAAUGA